CCCUAACCUUCAGUACCAGAUGAGUGUGUGAGUGGAGAGUUCUUAGGUUAGGGGAAGAAUUGUCCUAGAAUUUGCUCACAGCAAACUUCCAUGGAUUUCCAUUCUGUUAUCGUUGCUUCCCUGUUAGUAGGGCUAGCAGCACCGUUGUGCAGCCUUGUCCCUCAGGCUGAAGCCCGUGCAUUCUUCGUUUUUGGUGAUUCGCUUGUAGACAAUGGAAACAACAAUUACCUGGCCACUUCUGCUCGGGCUGACUCAUAUCCUUAUGGCAUCGACUACCCAUCUCAUCGAGCUACUGGCCGAUUCUCUAAUGGCUUUAACAUCCCAGACCUUAUCAGUCAGGCCAUCGGUGAAGAGUCCACACUACCCUACUUGAGCCCAGAGCUCACAGGACAAAGAUUACUUAACGGUGCCAACUUCGCUUCUGCUGGAGUGGGAGUUCUCAAUGACACCGGAAUCCAAUUUCUUAACAUCAUAAGAAUCUUCAAACAAUUGGAGUACUUCCAGCAAUACCAGCAACGGGUAAGUGCGUUAAUUGGAGAAGAACAGACUCAGCAGCUUGUGAACCGGGCGCUGGUCCUCAUCACUCUCGGCGGCAAUGACUUCGUUAACAACUACUACUUGAUUCCCUUCUCGGCAAGAUCUCGGCAGUUCUCUCUCCCAGACUAUGUUCGCUACGUAAUCUCUGAGUACAAGAAAAUUUUAAUGAGGGUCUAUGAACUAGGAGCUCGAAGGGUUCUUGUGACUGGAACUGGGCCUUUGGGCUGUGUUCCAGCAGAGCUAGCCUUGCAUAGUGUGAAUGGUGAAUGUGCCAUUGAGCUGCAAAGAGCUGCUGCCCUGUUUAACCCUCAACUUGCUCAGACAAUAAACGAACUCAACAGCGAAAUCGGUUCAGAUGUCUUCGUUGCUGCCAACACAAACCGAAUGACCAUGGAUUUCGUCAGUAAUCCUCAAGCUUAUGGUUUUGUUACAUCUAAGAUCGCAUGUUGUGGACAAGGGCCUUACAAUGGGAUAGGACUCUGCACGUCUGCAUCAAACCUGUGUCCCAACAGAGAUGUCUAUGCAUUUUGGGAUCCUUUCCAUCCAAGUGAACGAGCUAACCGGAUUAUAGUCCAACAGAUCCUGGCGGGUUCAAAUGACUACAUGCACCCAAUGAAUCUAAGCACCAUAAUGGCUGUGGACGCCUGGAUGAAGACCUAAUUAAUUAAUGACCAGCCCUUUGAAAUUUUUUACAUAUUAAUGUUUCCUUUAGACUCCAUUACUAUUGUUCAUAUGGUGCUUUUGUGCUUGCAAGUUAAUUAAUCUCUUGCAUGCCUUAGUCCCUCAGUAGGAUGCAUUGAUCUGCUCGAGAAUAGAGUUCUAGGUGUAGUUUCAAUUACAUUUGUGUUUGGAUAUGUCUUUGUCCAUUGAAAAUUUUUAGCCUGGUUGUGUUUUGAAUGUGUCAGUAUGGAUCAUAUAAGAUUUUGUGGUAAUAUAUCAGUGAAGCAUUAUAUGUCAAAUUCAAUGAUUUAUUAUGGAGAA